CAUAAAAUCAAUAUUCUCUGCCUGAAUGGGUCUUGAUUAAAGGCUACUAGUACCUGCACUUUGUACUGGCCUGUGUACUGUGCCUGUGUGUUAUGCAAACCUAUGACAAUAUGUGUAAUAUAUGUGGUUCAGUGCUUUCAGUGUGUGCUCUCUUUAAAAGCAACUUCAUACAGGGAAAACCACAUGUCCACAUGCUUUGUAGUUCUGAGCAGUAUCAAUUGCACACUUUCCUGGGUUAUGUUAUACAUGUAUGGGAAAACUCGAUCAGCCUGUACUGACAUGACUGAACAGUACCGUUCAUGACUCCAUUCAAAUGGUCGACUUUGAAGUUGCAUACAUGUACUAACUAAGGAUUACAUGUAUUGGAUAAAGAUCAUCAUGCCAUGGGUCAAGCUUGUUGCCAUGUGAACAUGUGUCCACCUUUUCUGACUCACUGCUGAUGGCUAUUGCCUUGGCUGCCUUGCACAGUACGGUACCUGCUAUUACUGAAGAUUACAUGUGUCGGAUGGUGAUCAUCGUGACAUACAUGUAGGUCGAGCUGCGACAGUAUUUCCAUGGAUUUGAAAGCCUGCCAUUAUUUGGAAUAGACUUACAUGUGAUCUGCAUCCUAUUGCCAACAGUGGAGUGUGGACUCUACCAUACAACUUAAAUUCCGGAAAGCAAGGAAUUGUGGCAGCCGCAAUCGAACGAUGCUCAGUCACAGUUUUGCCUUCAUUCGUACUAAUUCCUACCAAGUUGAAGCUGUUGGAUAAUUCUGCAUGCAGUUUUGAGUUUAUUUUUCCUUGAGCUGUUGAGCAACUUUUCCUUGACCUUGGACAUAUUUGAUUGUGAAACAUCUAUGAAAUCAUAGAGGUCGCUACAUGUAUUCGCACAACUUAUCAGCUAUCUGUAGAUUAUGAAUAUUGCUACUGUCGAUGGAUGUCCGACCAUGUUUAGCUUUAUGUUUCCACUCGUCACAAAGGAUUUUCAAAGGGGAAGAUGACCACUUCUCCACGAGAGGUCCAGGACGGAACUACAAGUGGAGUCCAUAUUUCCUAGUGAGAAUCUGAAAUGGCCAAUGUAUGAUAGAGUGGUUGCAGGAGUUGCAGAAUACAGUGAUCUACGGCUCAGAAGAAGAAGUCCUGCAAUCUCCUCGACCAUCCAGUUUAACCCCUUGAAUUCAGUAUGGCCUUAACGCACACUCUUGUAGCAGUUGAUGGUGAUGGUCAAGACCAUGUCUGUGGUUAUGUGGUCAGUCCACCUAAAGAUGAGCAGAAAGAAAAAUAUCUUUUGGCAGUUCCAGAUGAUCCAAGGUUCUUGGACCAGCUGAACUCCACUCUGCCUCCCCAGACGGGGACGGACAAUCUCUCCGUCCACAACAUGCCCAGCUCCACAGGAUACCCAUCGGCCACGGAACCUGCUACCUCCCCUCCUCCCCAGUCCUUCUCUCCUCCUCCAAACAAUCUGCAGCUACCUUCAAACGUGGAGUAUCCUGGCCCUUAUGAUUUCCAGAUCAAUCUUGGUCAACCCACAUCCCAGGCAGCAAAAAGUGUGUCGUGGACUUACAGCCCAACUCUCAAGAAGUUAUUCGUGGACAGGGAUAAACCCUGCCCUAUCCAAUUCAAGACUACCGCGGCGCCUCCACCUAACUGCUUCAUCAGAGUUCUUCCGAUCUUCAAGCAGGCUGAGAACCUAGCUGAAGUGGUCUCGCGAUGCCCUAAUCAUGUUGGUCCACCUGAUGAAAAUUCUUCAAACCACUUGGUUCUAUGUAGUGACCCCAACACAAUGUACUUCACUGAUCCACAGAGUUCACGGUAUAGCCUUGUAGUCCCAUAUACUGUUCCCCAGGUCGGUACAGAAUUCUCUAAGUACCUGUUCACUUUUAAAUGCUUCAUCUCAUGCGUCGGUGGUCUGAACAGGAGGAAGAUACAACUCGUCUUCACCCUAGAAUCAGAUUCGGGGAGUAUAUUGGGCCGACAGAUUCUUGACGUGAGGGUGUGCGCCUGUCCUGGUAGGGAUCGGAAGUCAGAGGAGAAAUCCUUUGAGAAGAAUAAAGCGCCCCAAAAGAAACCCCUAAAGAGAGGUCCCAGCAAGGUCACUUCGGUAGUGGGCGUGACGUCCUUCUCCAAAAAGGCAAAAAAGGAUGAAGAAACCUUUCUCAUUGAGGUCCAAGGUCGAGAGAAGUAUGAGAUCUUGAUGAAGAUUAAGGAGAGUUUGGACCUAAUGGAACUGGUUGCUCCAAAUCAGAUAAAUCAGUACAGACAACAUCAAACACAGCAACAGAUGAAAUUGAACAGCCAUCUGCCUAAUGGCGUACCAAACCUCCCACGGGUCAGCUCCUUCCAGUCCACCCCGCCGGCGUCCACCUCCCAGGCCAACACCUUCAACUCCGCCCUCGCUGUCAACAACACCCCUCCGCCCACCAAUCACUCGUCCCCUCCGCUGCUGAAUCACACCAACUCAUACCCCCAGCAGCAACAGGCCAUUCAACAACCGUUCAGAAACCUGGAACCUUAUCCUCCAUCCACCUCCACGGGUCUUGAACGCAGGGACACCAUGCCAUGCAAAGAUGAAGCCGAUGGACCAAACGCAAUGGAUGUUGAUACCAUACCUUCUAGUCAAGGAUUCCCUGUUACUAGGAACUUGGAUCUGACUCCGCCCACUUGCCAAGCGCAACAGAACAUUAGCCCAAAUCAAGAUCCCUCUAUUUAUAGCUUCCUGAAAAGACUAGGUAUGAAGCAGCAUGCAGAUAUCUUCAACCAGAAAGGCGUUCAUACUGUUGAUCAACUAGACGAUAUUAAUAUGGAGGACUUGUCAAGCAUACCCCAUCAGCAACGGGAAUCUCUCUGGAAGGCUAUUCUUGACAUCAAGAGCGGGCUGCAGCUGAGUCACACUCCGACAAUGAACAGAGGAAGCAGCAGCGCCUCCACGAUGAGCAUCCAUUCAAGUGGAGGGUCGGCCGGUGGAAACCAGGUGUAUCGCGCCACUCGCUUUACCUUGAAACAAACUCUAUCAUUCAAAGUAGAGAAAGACGAUGACUAAGUUCUUGAAGGCUGUCUUGGAAGGUUGUUCUUGAGGCGUGAGAGAGCCGCAGAUGUAGCCCUUCAGAAUGCUGUUUAUGCUGGUGGAAGCAAGGGGAAGUCUAUAAUGUGAUAAGUUCCAUUAGCAAGACUGUCAGAGAAGGUCAUUCUCAAGUUUGCUGGUUAGCAGGAGAUAAUGUCACCUUUAUAGGAGUAGGUGAGACGGUGAUCUGUAUGAAAGAGGCCAGUACUUUCAACAGCUUUUGUUUGAUGAUGAAGAAUGGACACACUGCCGUGGCACUGACAUUACAUCGUUCAAACCAAAGGACAUGAAAGAGCAUGGGAGCACGAUUGUAAAACGGUCGUGCCUACAAGUUUUGGUGGCCAUGGUCUGUAUGAUAGAUACUAUUGUUCAAGAAGUGACUGAAUGUUGAACUUAAAACAAAAACUCGGCAUAAUUUAGGGAGAUUGUGCUUGAGAUGUUGAACAGCGCAAUGCCAUGCCACAGAUGCAGCUGUUGACUGUACAGAAUUCAUUUAGAAUGUUCUACCCAGAGGAGCUGAUGAGCGGUCCAAUUUUCACUGGGACAUAUCUCAUCCAAGUCAACAAGACAUGUGAAUCAACUCUGCAGAGUGUGACUGGAAUCCAAGGUGGGAAAAGAUCAAGGACAGGAGAUACAGUGGCUUUUCAAGAUAAAGAAAACAUUUGGGACAUAGUUCUCUUUGAGGGUCUACGGCAAGGGGAAGAUUCAAAUCCAAAAGACACUCUAAUCUGUACAGAGUGGACUUCGGAACAGUGCCUAGCUUCAAUUCCUUGUUCAGUCACAAUCUGUUAUUCCAAGAAUACCUUCCAGGAUGUCGCUGAAGUUUCCUCUAUGGAGGAUGCUGUGGCUCUAGAUCCAGAGAGAAGACUGAUGAGACCGUGAUGGCCUUGAAACAUUCGUCCAGAGACACCUGUCCAGGGAGGGUGCAUGAAAGGGUAUUCAUAUGCAAGUGGUGGCCAGGAGUCUGCAUCUGCAAGUUCUUGUGAAACACUGCUCCAGUCCCGGACCAGAGACUCUUCUGAUCCUUCUUAUCUAUCAGGAAACCUAGCAAUCCAUUGCAAGAAUGAACUCAGAUCCGAACCCAACGUUCAGUUGCAAGAAGGAACUCUUGAUCCAAACCUAGCGUUCAAUUUCAAGAAGGAACUUGGAUCUAAACCCAGCAUUCACUGCAAGAAGGAACAGUUAAAUUAUAUUAUUAGAGUGGAUAUUUUUUUGUUGAUGACAUCAGAGGCAUGCUCAAAUGAAAAAAAUUCAUUAGAGAGGACAUAUAAAUGUCAGUACGUCGCUGAGCUCACACCCUGAACAUGCGAGACCAGUUGAGAGAGGACAGGGUUGUUUAGAAUGUAUUCUUUAGAUUGUAUUUCUUGGAAGUUUGAUCUUCUUAAGUGAUUGUGCAGCAAACUGCCGCUGUGUCUAGUCCAAAGUGUUUACUAGUUUACUGUCUUGCAUUUCAAAAGAGAGCAUUUUAUAUCUGAGCGGAAUGAUGCCGUCAUGAAGUGUACCAUGUGUGUGAGAAAAGCACCGUUGACUUGCUAGGCUGUGGUGUAUAUUAGUUAUGGGUUGUUUUUUUUCUGUUGAUAAAGACUAUAACGUUCAUGUCCGCUCCGAUCACAGUUUAAUGUCGGAAGAGUUUUCCCACAAUUUAAAAAGUUGCACUAAAUGUGCUUUUCUGUAAUUAAAAAAAGUAUUGAAAAUUAACAGAGAGCAGAACAUUGGCAGAAUGAGA